GUCAGCAGAAUGACAGCUAGAUGGGCUACAUUCAGUGACACUGGGCACAGUACUAGGAAGUCCGUACGAAGCAGCGGCCAGGGGAGAUCUGCAUUUAGGAAGUAGCUAGACGACUUUAAUCAACAAAAGUAUUUUAUAACGACCGACAAUAGGAUGAAAUGAGUAAAUUAACAUUGUUACUAGAUAUAUUCAAAGUAGUAAAAAAGUUUUAAAUACUUAAGAAUUAGAACUUUGGCUAUAUUUUCAGAAAAUAAUUUGGAUUGUGUGAAGUAACAACACUUUAAAAAACGUAAUAAAGCUUUAAACAGUACUUAGUUUAUCAGUUUAAUGACAUGAAAGAAAAUAGCAUGUUCCUAGAACGUCAAUAGAGGUAGACGUAGACUUCAGGCUUAAGGUUUGUAAACUGAAUAGUAAAUUAUUGUAUUUGGGUAAGGCACGCCGAUCGGGUCUGAUGUGAUGCAGCUGAUUGCUCCGGCAUGAAGCGCAUGUGGGAGUAGACUGGCAGGCGUGCAGGAGGUCACCAUGCAGAAGGAGCACCUCUUUAAGGUUCUGGUCAUCGGAGACCUCGGGGUAGGGAAGACCUCCAUUAUCAAGCGCUAUGUUCACCAGAUUUUCUCGCAGCACUAUCGCGCCACCAUUGGAGUUGACUUCGCGCUGAAGGUGCUGACCUGGGAUAACCGGACGGUCAUUCGCUUGCAGCUUUGGGACAUAGCCGGGCAGGAGCGGUAUGGGAACAUGACGCGGGUGUAUUACCGGGAGGCAGUGGGGGCACUGCUGGUGUUCGACGUGACCCGCACCUCCACCUUCCAGGCGGUGCUCAAGUGGAAGGCUGACCUUGACGGCAAGGUCUCCUUAGCCAACGGCAAGCCUGUCCCCGUUGUGCUAUUGGCCAACAAGUCUGACCAAUCACGUGAAGGACUGUCUUCUCAACUACCCAAGCUGGAUGCCUUUUGCAAAGAGCAUGGCUUUGUGGGCUGGUUUGAGACCUCUGCCAAGGAGAACACGAACAUCAACGCGGCAGUGAGGUGCCUCGUCCAGAACAUUCUGGCCAAUGAGCAGAGCACUGAGGCUGGCCUGGACCUGGAUGUGCAGGUUCUGCCGGCACUGAAUGACGUCACCAAAGAGCGGAGUAGCCCCCCUUGUACUGGCUGCUCCAGGCUGUAGCGGGGCGACGGAGUCACGCUAAACAGAUCACUUGAUUGGCUAAGAGGUGUCGGCCCUGCAGAAGAUACUUGUUCUUUUCCCCUUUUUAUGGGGGGGUGGUUCCCGGACUCUUGUGACAUUCAGUCAUGACGCUCGUUUGAGUCUGUGGUUAGGUGGGGAGGAUAUGCCUGUCGAUAGUGAUGUGUUAGAUCUGGAGAUGCUGCCUUCUCUAUCCCUCUAGAAAUCUGUUGGAGGGGGGUUGCACAACUAUAGACAGUGGAAGAUAUCACAGCAGAUAAAUAUUUUGCAAGUUAAAGGUUUCUGACAUAUAAGCAUGAAAACAAAGGAAGAACGAACAUCCAGUAAAAAAGUCAAAGAUACUGGCAGCAGGAUCUUCUAAGGAGGUUUCUACUGAAGGUCCUUUAGUAGGACAGAGCAAAAUGCUCUGUUUUGUUUUUAAUGAAAGUGAUGCCUUAAAAUUAAGGGACAGAGCCAUGGGUGUCAUUGGGGCCAAUGACUCGGGGCUAUAGCACCGAAUAUUUUAGCCCCCAUGCCAGUCUUCCAUCAAAAAAAAAAAUUCAAGCCCCAGGUUAACUUGACUUACCCCCUGAUCUUUUCAAUAGCUAGAAACUCCCCUGGACAGAACCAAGUGGCACACACGAGUCUACAUCCCUUCAGAUAAGUGAAUGUGUUAAAACUGCUUUUCCCAUAAUUCCCUAGCUGGGAAAAAUGCGCUGUAGCUGUUCGGCUCUCUCGUAUGUGCUUGGACCUUAUGACGGACCAUAGCUAAUGGACCUAACAAGAAUGCCUGUCACUUUCUCUGUUUUUUGGCUGUACCAAAAUGCAGAUAUUGUAUUACUGCUGUAUUGAAGGAUAUUAGAAACUGUCAUGUAGAUGUGUAUUACUGUAGGUUUUAUACCCAGAGCCUAAUGGCUAACAUUAAAAAAAGAAGUCCCACAUG